ACUUGUGUGCUGGAAACAUAAAACAAAUGGGCUGUAAAAUGCAUCAAAACCACUGAACAUAAUGGUAUUUAUUUUUGAUCUUACAGUACCAUGUCCACCGGAUAAUCUGAACCUAUACCGUGAAUGCAUCAGCAAUGUAAUCAUCUUCUCAUGGGCACCAACAAACAAUACCAUAUUCUACAAGGCAAACAUGAUAGACUCUACUGGGGGUUCACAGGCUUGCAUAACCACAGAUACUUCCUGUUUCUUUACUGAUACUGUGUGUGGACGUAGCUACAAUUUUACUGUGUUUGGCGUAAAUGGGGAUUGCAGUGGUCCACUCAGCCAGGCAGUGAGCAUCCGAACAGGUAACUACCCAAACUAAAGCCAUCUUUGAAAUAAAGACAGUUAUGCAUGCCUAUAUAAUUACAUCAAAGUUACCCAUGUUAAAUCAUAAGCAGCAAAAUCAUCUGACAGUUCUUCUUCGGUCUCCUCAGCACCUUGUAUACCCUCAAACUUGAUCACGGUGUCAAAUUGUAAGUCAGAUGUUUUGAUGAGUUCUUGGGAUGCAGCGGAUGGAGUGUCACAGUUCAUCGUGGAGGGCAGAGGCAAUCGUGGAAAUGCAAGCUACGUGAGCUACUACAGCUGUGUUUCAAAUAAGAGUAGUUGUGCCAUCCCUGGCGUUGCAUGUGGGGAAAGUCUGACAAUGAUGAUUACUGCUUUUAAUGAUGAUUGCUAUAGUGAGACAGUACUGGGUCAGGAGACAAAUACUGCUCCCUGUGUGCCCCAGACCCUCUUGCCCAUCAAUGACUGCAGUUCAGACUCCAUUACCCUUACAUGGAGCACGGCCAAUGGAGCAUUGUUCUACAUUGCCUCAGUGACAGACUCAUUGGGUGGGCAGUACAGUUGCAGUACAACAAAUCUAAAUUGCCAGAUAACUGGACUACGCUGUGGAACAACAUACAAUGCCACCAUCAUCUCCUCCAACUACAAGUGCAACAGCUCUGUCAGUAACAAGAUCACUGUGGACACAGGUACAUUAUGAUUAGAUCCCACUGUUCAGCGGUUUCAGACAUGAGAUCCACAGAUAUUUUUUGUUUCAGGUUCUAACUGUAGCCCCAGAAACUGGUAUGUUUAUGCUUUGUCAUGAUUGCAAAAUCAAACAUAGUAUGCAAAUGACUUUUUCCCGACAUUAGACAUUUUCAACAUGUUCUAAAGGUGCUUGGUGCUAUGAAAGGAACACAAUCCACCUCUCCUCCAUCCCUUGUUUUUUGUUCUUCCUCCCAGCCCCCUGUCCUCCAAAUCAGGUGCAGGCCACUCUAGAUUGUGAGGGGAACCGAGCACUGGUCAGCUGGCUAAAGUCACAAUUUCCAGGCUCCUACACUGCCAGCAUGGUGGAUCAAAGCGGUGGCCAGCUGAACUGCAGCACUGUGAACAGCAGUUGCUGGAUUCCCAGCCUCAAAUGUGGCCAGGCCUAUAAUGUCAGCAUAACCUACUACAAUAACAUCUGCCGCAGCAAGACUUCUUCACCCAUCAGCAUAAACUCAAGUGAGUUAAGAGUAACUGUAUGUGUUUUGUGCUAGUGUUCACCAAAACCUUACAGUGGCUUGUAGGUACAGUAGGUGGGCUUCUCUGUCCAUCUAAUUUUUAAUCGGUAACUGGUUUUUGGUGAAUAAGCUACUCUAGGCCAUACUGUUUACAUUUUUUAUACCCUAUUGCCAAUAGAUACUUUACCAGAACCUGCUUUGUUUUUUAAUAAGCCAUUUUUUCUGAAUCUGUUUGCUUAUGUACUCUGGGUUCAACUACAAAAGUUUCUGGGUGAAACUACAAAAAUGUUUGAAUAAAUGUGUGAUGAGUAAAUGGCUUUCUCAUUGUGUCCCUCUGUGUUAGUUCCAUGUGGGCCCGAAAAUUUCCAUACCUCUUUGGAAUGUAGCUCAGGUGCUGUCCAGUUGACCUGGGACCCAACGUAUGGCGCUAAUGGAUACUCUGCCAGUGUGGUUGCUGCCAGCAGUGGGAGAAGGAUGUUCUGCAACUCAACUUUUCCCAAUUGCAGCCUCAGCUCCCUAACAUGUGGUGAAUCAUAUGUGGCACAGGUCCGCUCCUACAAUGGCACCUGUUUCAGCAUGCUUAGUCAGACAGUGACCUUCAAAGGAGGUCAGUGAACAUUUGUCUGUUAUGUGUUUUUUUUGUACAUGAGCUAUUCACAAUUUUGGAAAAUAAUACCAUUAGAUGUGAUACUAUGGUGAUUUGGGAAAACCAGGUUUUAAAUUAUAUAUGUUGUAUGUACUGUAUCGGGGUAUAUAAUGGUAUUCUCUAUAAUUAUAGGUAGAAUUACUUUCCCCAAAUACAGCAGUUAAAUAAUGGAUCUGUUAAUUGUUUCAAAAGUAUGUUUAGUGCUCUGCCACUUCCUUUAUUAGUGGUGUUUCUCUUUUUGGAAAGGUAGCAUAGGUGAAUAUAAGUAAGAAAUAACAAGGUGUGCUGUUAGAAGAAAACGUCAGAAAACUUCAGAAGUCUUCAGAAGUGUUCAGUAGUGAAAAGUGCUGACACUGUAUAUAUGAUUUAAGGAUGCAGUUUGACAAGCUUAAGCUGGCAGACAUACACAGUGCUUUUUUGCUAGCUACAAUAAUCUCAUAGUGCCAGUGCUCAAGAAAAGCAAACCUCAAACAUCAAGCACUGAUCCUUUACAUGCUGUUCUUUGUGACCUUUUGACCUCCUCAGUACCAUGUGCGCCAACCAACGUAACAGUUGCGAGGACCUGUACUAACCGCACCACAGUGAUGUGGCAAGCCAGUCUUGGCGCUCAGUCUUACAGGGUCAUUGCCGUGAGCAAUCAAGGUAAACAGUCAUCAUGCUCCUCCAACACCACCACCUGCAGCCUGAUCGAUCUUCAAUGUGGCCAAGUAUACAAUGUCAGUGUGGUUGCCAUUGAUGAGACUUGCUCCAGCAUCCAGAGCCAAAGU